AGGGGGCGGAGCCCUGCUGGGAGGGAGGGGAGGAGGGCAAGAUGGCGGCCGGUGAGUGAUUCUCCCUGGCUUCCCUCAGGGCCGAGGAGACGCCGGGGCGGGGGACCCGCUCGUGCAGCCCGCCGGCCUCCUCACCCCCGCCCCCGGAGGCCUCCUCUUUCCCGUCCUUCACCUCGGGGGCGGGCCAGCAUCCUCGGACACCAUGUCAGACUCUGAGGAGGAGAGCCAGGACCGGCAACUGAAAAUCGUCGUGCUGGGGGACGGCACCUCCGGGAAGACCUCCUUAGCUACGUGUUUUGCUCAAGAGACAUUUGGGAAACAAUACAAGCAGACAAUAGGACUGGAUUUCUUUUUGAGAAGAAUUACCUUACCAGGAAAUUUGAAUGUUACUCUUCAAGUUUGGGAUAUAGGAGGGCAGACAAUAGGUGGCAAGAUGUUGGAUAAAUACAUCUAUGGAGCACAGGGAAUCCUCUUGGUAUAUGAUAUUACAAACUACCAAAGCUUUGAGAAUUUGGAAGAUUGGUAUUCUGUGGUGAAGACAGUAAGUGAAGAGUCAGAAACUCAGCCCCUGGUUGCUUUAGUGGGCAAUAAAAUUGACUUGGAGCAUAUGCGAACAGUAAAACCUGAUAAACACUUACGAUUUUGCCAGGAAAAUGGUUUUAGUAGCCACUUUGUUUCAGCCAAGACAGGAGACUCUGUCUUCCUGUGUUUUCAGAAAGUUGCAGCAGAAAUCCUGGGAAUCAAAUUAAACAAAGCAGAAAUAGAACAGUCACAGAGAGUGGUGAAGGCAGAUAUUGUAAACUACAACCAGGAGCCCAUGUCAAGAACUGUUAACCCGCCUCGGAGCUCCAUGUGUGCAGUGCAGUGAGCACACACUGUAUUGAUAAUUCUGGCUGCUCUUCCCCUGGAUUGGGCCCAAGCUGCCUAGGACCGUGCUUUUUCAGUGACUGUCUAUGUAGUCAGCCCACACUUCCUCCCACUCUGCUCCUUCUUCCUUUAGUUGCCUCAGGGAUCAGGCAGCUCCCUGGACGGGAAGGAAUGCAGAUUUGGAACCACGGGUUUUGAAAUCUGAAUGGAGAAUCCAUUCUCUGGAUUGAGACUGCCUCCUCGCUCCAGAAGAACCAUGUUGCUUCUUUAUCUCUUCACUUCUUUUUUUCCCAGAUAUAAAAAACUUUAACCAGAUAUGAAGAUGCUCCAAGCUUUGAUCAUCAUUUUCUAUCUGAACUUGUGUAUGUGAAAGUGUACUUCAGAGCGCUGAUGGUGAAAGUUUCUCAAGAAGGUGUUUGUUUGCUGGCUAUUAAGAGUCAAAUAUACAAAGCUGUAUCUAAUUGAAAGUGCUUCAAAUGAGGCUGUAAUAGAAAUAUUUUUUCAUUUUUAAAGGAGCCUAAUGUGUUUAUAUUGUAGUUUAUAACUCACAAGUAGUGAGUAUUUGAUAUUGUAUUUUUAUUACUGUAUCAUGGUCAUUGCAUAUUUUAUCAUAUUUGGCUUAGAUGGCUUUAUGAAUUUUGAUAAAUGGUUCAGCUGAUCCUCCACAUGGAAUUUCUCCUACAGACUGUAUGAGAGUGCUUCCAGAUGAGUCAUGAUACCCUCGGAUCAUUGUGGAUCGAUCAUACUGUACCUGAUGUUCAGAUGGUUUUCUCAGAUAAAUAAAUUUAUUUAAAAUA